UUACAAGUCAUCAAAAUUCACAUCUUACAGAUCAUCAGAGUACAUAACGUGGAGAAAGCUUUCAGAUGUAAUGACUGUGGCAAGGCCUUUAGUGUAAAGGGAACCCUUCUUUUAAGUCAUCAGAGAAUCCAUAGUGGAGAGAAACCUUACAAAUGUAAUGAAUGUGGUAAGGCCUUUCGACAAAAGUCACAUCUUCGAAUUCUUUGGAGAAUUCAUACUGGAGAUAAACCUUUCAAAUGUAAUGAGUGUGGCAAGUUCUUUAGUCGUAAUUCAUAUCUUAUAAAUCAUCAGGGGGUACAUAUUGUAGAGAAAACUUUCAAAUUUAAUGAGUGUGGCAAGGCCUUUAGUGUAAAGGGAGCCCUUUUAAGGCAUGAGAGAGUUCAUACUGGAGAGAAACCUUACAGCUGUGAUGAGUGUGAAGAGGCCUUUUGUCGAAAAUCACAUCUUCGAGUUCAUUGGAGAAUUCAUACUGGAGAGAAACCUUUCAAAUGUAAUGAAUGAGGCAAGGCCUUUUGUCAAAAAUCACACCUUCGAGUUCAUUGGAGAAUUCAUACUGGAGAGAAACCUUUCAAAUGUAAUGAGUGUGGCAAGAUGUUUAGUCGGAAAUCAAACCUUGCAGUUCAUAAGAGAAUUCACGCUGGAGAGAAACCUUUCAAAUGUAAUGAGUGUGGCAAGGCCUUUAGUCGAAAAUCACAUCUUUGAGUUCAUUGGAGAAUACAUACUGGAGAGAAACCACUCAAAGCAAUAUGGUUUGCUAAGUCUCAUUUUUGAAGAUCAAAAAUGUAGAACAGUGAGAAUUUAUGUUGAAGAGCGAACUUUCAAAUGUAAUGGAUGUUGUAAAUUUUUACAUCAAGUAUGCACACCUUUGGUGUUGAGAGCAUUCAUACAGGUCAAUAUAUAUACACAUGGAAGCUCUUUGAAAUAGUGUGUCCGUAUGGUUCACCCAAGAACACAUAUUUGGGAGAAUUCUUAAAAAUUUAAGGCAUCUGGUGAAUAUUUUGAGCAAUUCUUACAACAGCCCAUACACUAGAGAAUGCAUACUAGGAAUAAAUCUUUACCUCUUUGAGAUAUUACAUACAGCAGAACCAUGACAAGUCACCCGCUGUUAAAACUUAUGACAUGAUGUGUAUUUUGAGGAAGAAGGACAUGUAUGGAAAUGGCCCAUUGUCUUCAGUGUAUAAAAUAUUAAAUUAUUUGAUUUUUCUCAAAAAGCAUACAUUACUAUUUGUGCUUUUCAAUCUGAAGUUUGAAGUAAUAGGGGAGAACAGAGACUUCCCUAGUGGGCCAGUGGUUGAGACUCCCUGCUUCCAAUGCAGCAGGUGUGGGUUUGAUCCCUGCUCGGGGAACUAAGAUCUCAAAUGCUGCAGGGU